AUGGGUGAGUGGGGCGAUUGCGGGGAAGAGGCGGCACACCUCUGCGCCGUGCAACAGCUCCUCCAGGCCUUUUUGGAGACGCCCUCUCGCGUGGUUCUUCUCAGUGCCGCACUUGGGGAAAUGUUGGGUGUGGUCGUUCGCCAACAACAGGCCAUAAAUAAAAUUGUCGCUUCGCUGCAAAUAGCAGGGGAGGAACGCAUGCAAGAACUCACGGCACUAUCACAGAGCGUUGCAGAUAUUUUGCAGGACACUAUUAAACGCACAGCAUUGGCCAUUAGCGAAUUACGAGGGCAAAUCCCCAAACAACAGUGCAUGUCUGGCGCUGGUUUUUUUUAUGAGGAGAAAUGCGUUGAGUUAAAGCGCGAGAUUGGAGAUCUGCGGCGAUUGGUAAUAGAACGUCUACAGCACGAUUCUAUGGGAGCAGACAUGAAUGGACAGAGCAGUGCGAUUCAGUCGGAACUUGUGGCUACGGGGGAAAAAGUGCGGAACCUUGGGGCUCAGCAGAGUCUUUUACUGGAACUCCUCGACCUGCGCAAAAUGCUGCUUCAUCAUGGGUACACAGGCGAUGCAUCGGUGGACCUGCGUCAACUCCGCUUGCUUGACACCACAGCGAAGGUAAAACUGAUGCAUCAACUGCCAUGCUUUCAUGUGUUAGUACGUGCGCUCGUGUCGACUGAGUGCCAUUUGCUGGCGGGCGCCUCUUCCAUGAGCUCAAUAGAUUGA